CGGAUUUGCCGGAUCCUCCUUUUUCCUGAUUAUCCUAAGCGCGAUGCCUCAGCAAAUUAAGGACAUUAAGCAAUUCCUCGAAAUUGCCCGUAGAAAGGAUGCCAAAUCCGCUCGCAUCAAGAAGAAUGCCGAUUCCACUAAGUUCAAGGUGAGAUGCUCGCGUUAUCUCUACACUCUCGUUGUCAAGGAUAAGCAGAAGGCCACCAAGCUCAAGCAGUCGCUCCCCCCUGCUCUCGUUGUGGAAGAAGUCAAAUAAACGACCCGUCUAUUUCUUUCAUACAAUAAAUCCAUCGCAACAGUAACCAUUGCCUAUCUUACGUUUAUAAUUUACUUUCGAAUUCAUUC